AUGGAGCACGCCCAGAUCCAGAACUCUGAGGGCCCUCAGGUGAUGACCAUCAACGGGCAGCAGAUGCAGGUGCUGCAGAUGAGCAACCAGCCCCACAUGAUUCAGGGCCCCAAUGGGCAGCAGAUCGUCGUCCACUCCAUCCCGUCUACCACGCCCGCCAUACAGGUGGCAACCCCUAACGGUCAACAGUUGCAACAGUUGCAAGUGUUGCCAUUAUCCAGUUUACAAGGUGGCAGUGGCAACGUGCAGCCGAUGCAGCUUGUGCAGACUGCGGACGGCCAGACCUUCAUCUACCAGCCCAACGCUAACACCCAGCCCGCAAUCGACCAGCACCAGAUCCUUCACCAGCCCACCGUGAUCAACUUGAAUGGCAACCUGGUGCAACUGGCGGGGAUCAGCGGCGCUACGGUGCCCCAGCAACAGGUCGUCAAUCCAACCAACAUUGUUAUGAUGGUGAACGGUUCCGGGGGCGGGGGCGAGUCUUGCUCGGGUAGCGGGGCGGCGUCUGACGAGGAGCCGCUGUUGUACGUCAACGCGAGGCAGUACAAGCGCAUACUGAAGAGGAGGGCGGCGCGCGCCAGGCUGCACGAGCUGGGCAAGAUACCCAAGGAGCGGCCGAAAUACCUGCACGAGUCCAGGCACAGGCACGCAAUGAAUAGGAUACGGGGGGAGGGUGGUCGAUUCCAUUCCGGUAGCAGAAAAAACAUGGAGAAUUCCGAGCAAACCGUCGACACCCACAAGCUGCUUGAAGACAUCAAGCCAGACACAGUAUCCAUCACGAUAAUACAAGAGGAGGAAACCGGCCAGGAGCACCAGCCGAGCCAGUGGCGCCGCCUCGCCCCGCAGCCGGUCCACCCCGCC